UGAUCUAAUGACUUUGGAGCACAUUCUUGAAUAGAAAACACUGUCGCCUGAUCUGAAAUGUUCACUUUGCAACGCAGUGGACACUCGUAAUAAGGGCUUUUGUGCUUGCUGUUUUGUGGCAUGCUGUACUUAAAGGACAGCCUGUUCAUCCCAGGAAUAAAUCCGGUGAACCUUCGAUGCACCACUUUCAAGGCAAGUCUGUCCUCCUUAGUACCGCCUGAGCUAUCCUUUGAAGAGAGAGAAGAACUGGACAACAUUAGGCGGAGGAAAAAGGAACUGAUGGCUGACAUUGAGAGGCUGAAAGAUGAGAUAGCUGAAGUAAUGAGUGAGAUUGAGACUCUGACUUGCACUGAUGAAAGUAAAACAACUCAAAGGAACAAACAAAUGGCUAUGGGGAGAAAGAAGUUUAACAUGGAUCCCAAAAAGGGGAUCCAGUUUCUAAUCGAAAAUGAUCUGCUCCAGAACACUCCUGAAGACAUUGCCCAGUUUCUAUACAAGGGAGAAGGGUUAAAUAAAACGGUCAUUGGUGACUAUUUGGGUGAAAGAGAUGAAUUUAACCUCAAGGUUCUUCAAGCAUUUGUUGAGCUUCAUGAGUUUGCUGACCUUCAUUUAGUACAGGCUCUGAGGCAGUUUCUAUGGAGUUUCAGGUUGCCAGGUGAGGCACAGAAAAUAGAUCGAAUGAUGGAAGCAUUUGCCUCACGAUACUGUCAGUGCAAUCCUGGCGUCUUCCAGUCAACAGACACUUGCUAUGUGCUAUCGUUUGCCAUAAUUAUGCUGAACACGAGUUUGCACAACCCCAAUGUGAGGGACAAACCCGCCGUGGAAAGAUUUAUAUCCAUGAAUCGGGGCAUCAAUGAAGGAGGAGAUCUCCCUGAAGAACUGCUCAGGAACUUGUAUGAUAGUAUUAAGAAUGAGCCUUUCAAAAUCCCAGAAGAUGAUGGGAAUGAUUUGACCCACACAUUUUUUAACCCUGAUCGAGAAGGCUGGCUAUUAAAAUUAGGAGGAAGAGUAAAAACAUGGAAACGGCGAUGGUUCAUUCUCACAGACAAUUGCCUCUAUUAUUUUGAAUAUACAACAGACAAAGAACCUAGAGGAAUAAUUCCUUUAGAGAAUCUCAGCAUUCGGGAAGUUGAAGAUCCAAGGAAACCAAAUUGCUUCGAGCUUUUCAAUCCCAGCCACAAAGGCCAGGUAAUCAAAGCCUGCAAGACUGAAGCUGAUGGUCGGGUGGUUGAAGGCAAUCACGUGGUUUACAGGAUAUCCGCACCAACACCAGAGGAAAAAGAUGAAUGGAUAAAAUCAAUCAAAGCCAGUAUCAGCAAGGACCCCUUCUAUGACAUGCUGGCCACUAGGAAACGGAGAAUCGCCAAUAAAAAGUAACUAUGCGAUUACAUACUGGCCUCCAGUAGCCUGUCAGCGCUGAACCACAUACCAGUCUUUGGAAGCUUUUUAAAAACAAAAUGAAGGAAGCUAUAUAAACUGUGUCCUCCUUUUCAGAGUUUAUCGGGCAUUCAUUUGCCUAGUUUUACACAACUUUUUAAAAAAAAAAUCAAGGCUUAAGACAGAACCUUCAGCUGAAGCAAUGUGCAGCUGUAUGAAAUUCUGUUACUAUUUUUUUUUGAAAAAAAAAAAAAUUUUUGCACAGAAACUAGUUUCUAUCAAAGGAUAUAUAUGAUGUAGCACCUCUGACCCAGCUGGCCUGAGGCCAGAGUGCAGGAGGUUGGAUGACUGUUUUGCAAAAACAAAUGAACUGCAUCAACACAAGGAAAAACAAUUGUUUCUAUCAACAUAUUUUUUAUGUUUAUCAAUUUAUAUUAAAAAAACUAAUUGUAUUAAUUUGAAAGGCCAUAAAGGUAAUAAACAGCUGUAAAAUACUUUGAAUAUUGCUAGAAUGUGUAAAACUAUAUAGAAAGCGUUAAUCAUUCUUGUUACAACCAGAGAAUCAUAGAUUAGUGCUGUUUCUGGCACAAGUGGAACCAAGAGCUGGCUGUUCUCACCAAGAAUGAUCCUAAUUUAAUAUAUAAUCUGCAGUAUAACAUGGUAAUUGUAUAUUUAUUUUCUUAGUCCAGUUGCAAAAUGUUUGUAUUGUAAUUGUUUAAAAAAUCUAAACCUUUUAAGUUAUAUGUAAAUAUUGUACAGAUUUCAUGUUUUGUUGAUACUAAAAUAUUAUAAUACAUAUUGUCAAUGGCCUGCAGAAAUAAAACCUAUUACAACUGGG